GCGGCGGGAACCGGCGCGAGCCGCGGCUUUUCCCGCCGCUAUCCCAGCAGCCCCCGCGCUUGUCAGGCCCGGCCCCGCGCAUGCGCAUCGCGACGCGGAAGGAGGCGGCGCUGCCAUGUGGGGCAGGGGGAGAGCGGGAAAUAAUUAAACUGAUCCCUUGGCAAACCAGCCGGUGUCCAGCCUACAGAGCACGCUUUCCCACCGUGGUGCCUGCAUGGAAGCGUACAAAAGAAAAACCAUCCCGGCUCUCUUGGGGGAGCAUCUCUGCCUGUGACUUUUUGGGCUGCUCUUACUCAAAAUGGCAUUUCAGUUUAAUUUUGCUAUCGAGGACAAUGAAAGCACUGAAUCAGAUGCUCACGGUGAGGCAGACCUGCAGCUGGACCCUCCAAAACACGAGCAAACCGCCGAUGCAGCAGCAGCCUGCAGCCCCCAGCCGGGCACCGCUAAGCACACAGGUAAGGACCUGUCAGAGAAGAAGUUGUGCUUCCCCGCUGCCAGGGAGCACCACGUUCCUGAAGAUGUCAGCAAAGUACUGGAAAAUAAAGUCUUGGAAACGGUGUCAGACCUGCGUUGCGUGAAGGUGUCCGCGGUGGAAAUGACGCGUCGGGGUGGCACGCAUGGGGAAGACAUCGUGUGGAAGAGCGUCUCUGCUCACUCUGACCUCAUCCCAGGGGUCUACGAGGGGGGGCUGAAAAUCUGGGAGUGCACCUUCGAUCUCCUGGAGUACCUGGCUGAGGCUGGUGUGCAGUUUGCCAACAAGGCAGUGCUGGAUCUUGGGUGCGGGGCUGGACUGCUGGGAAUAGCUGCGUUACGGGGAAAAGCUGCACAAGUCCACUUCCAGGACUACAACAGCACGGUGAUCGAUGAAAUAACCUUGCCUAACGUGGUGGCUAACUGCGUAAAUGAUGGCAACGGGACUGGUGGGGCAGAUGAGAGAAAAAUUGUUAAGCCUCCUUCAAAAAAGCCCAGGAAAGCAGAGUGCUUACCUGACGCGCUCAGCAGAUGCAGAUUUUUUUCUGGAGAGUGGUCAGAAGUCAGCCGGCUCCUGCUCAGCAGCAGCAAACCCUGUUCAAAAUACGAUGUCAUCCUCACAUCCGAGACCAUCUAUAACCCUGACUACUACGGUGCUUUGCACGACACGCUGUCUCAGCUGCUGGACAGGAACGGCCGCGUGUACCUGGCAAGCAAAGUGCAUUACUUUGGGGUCGGGGGCGGCGUCUACCUCUUUGAGAAACUCGUUGAGGAGAGGAAGGUGUUCACAAUCAGCACGGUUAAAGAAAUUGAUAAAGGGCUGAAGCGUUUUGUCAUGGAAAUGGCCUUUAAAGAUUCCUGUUAAAAUUAACUCAACCACCGGUGCUUCAAAAAUAUCUUAGUAAAGAACUACUUCAAUCCUCCUAUCGUUGCUUUUUUUCUGCUGUUGAGUUACUCUGAAUCUGCCCUUUUCUAGCUUUGGAACUGUUUGACAAAUUUUGGUGUUUGCUUGGAAGGAAGGGACUCUUCUGGUUCUGUUUUUGCAGAGAAAAAUGUAUUAUUUUAAAGUAGCAUCUGUUUAUACCACUUUUGCUAUUUAUAUUUAUUUUAAAAUUAAGCAAGUCACUGUCCCCAGUCUCCCUCUCCCAUUCUUUGGCAGUGCCAAUACUAAAUUACAGGGUCAGCGCUGAGCACAGGUGACCAUUUAGCAUCCUAAUACAGUGCAAAAAGUAAUUCUUAAGGGCCAGGCUCUCAACCUGGCCAUGAUUUAACUGCAGUGACAAAUUUCAGAUUGAACUGCACAACUGUGCUCUGCCGUUUUGCCACCAGAGGGGGAUGUGAUUGUACUUAUCACUUGUAUUCCAUUCUGGUAACAAUCUCACAAAUCUUUAUAGUUUUUCUAUAUAGAAUGCAUGUUACUUUUAUUUAAACCUUUGAAAAAGCAUACCAGAGGAUAUUUAGUACUGUGGUUUGUGAACUUUCAUAUUCCUAUUUUGACACACUCCUAAGAAAAUUUCAGGAAGGAACUGGAAAAAGGCAUCCUCUUUGCAGAAAUGAAAAAUAAUUUGUUUUAGAAAUUGAGUUGAAAGAAGACUGUGACUCUACAUAAGAUAUUCUUUAAAACAAACAACCAAUAAACCUACAAACACAGUCUAAGAAACUGGAGGAUGACAGAUCUGAGUUUUAAGUUGCAAUUAGGAAAGGAGACUAACUGGAGUGCUGUACUGUUUUUGGUAAGAUCUUUCCAGAUACUGACCGUAUGUUACAACCCAUUUUCCAAGCUUACUAAACACUUUCAUACCUACUCAGUCUUUUAAGCAGUUUGGCAGGGCUGCAGGCUGUUAGAAAAAAAGGCCACGUGCAAGUCACACCCCUGUGUCCUAGGCUGAUGAUACUGAUGGUGAGACAAGACUGCACGUUGCUGAAGAAAUUACCUAAUCAAAAA